UUUUAUUUGACACCCCUGGUCUAAGGGCUUUUUAGUCCAGGACUAUGCUUAAUCUGUGUGUGGAAAACUGGACCUGGGUGUAUCAUGUAGUGUGGCGUAUUGGACUAAUGUUAAAGAGGAGGCAAGGAUACAUAGUUUGAAUUAAUUGACUUCAUAGAGAUUUGAAACACUAGAGUUACUGUCUMUUCUAGUGUUCUUAUUUCUAUGGUUAACUUCAAUUCUCCUCUAAUCAUGUAUUUUAGGAACUACRUGUUGUCCAGUUCUGAGGARGGUACGGUCAGACUGUGGAGUCUGCAGACGUUCACCUGUCUGGUGGGGUAUAAAGGACACAACUACCCUGUCUGGGACACUCAGUUCUCACCCUAUGGUUACUACUUUAUCUCUGGGGGACAUGACCGAGUCGCUCG